UGUCCCUUCCUUUCCCACAAAACCUAAUGGAGGUGCAGCUGCCGAUUGUAGGAAACAGAGAGUGUACCUGUAACUACGGAGUGAGCUUGAUCACAAACAACAAGAUGUGCACUGGGUUCAGUGCUGGAGGAAAGGACAUCUGUCAGGGGGAUGGAGGAGGUCCGCUGGUGAGCAAGCAGGGCGGUCGCUGGAUCCAGUCGGGAAUCACUAGUUUUACCAGUAGUAGGGGCUGUGCCCAGCCUAAUAUCCCAUCAGGCUACACCCGGGUGUCCCAGUAUCAGUCCUGGAUCAACAGCCAGAUCACCAGCAACCAACCAGGCUUCAUCACCUUUACCUCCGCUGGGACUGACGGUGACCUCAGCAUAAGAUGUCCUACCACGCCACCACCAGCAGCUCAAGUGUGUGGUCAGCCAACACUCAACACCAGGAUUGUUGGAGGACAGGUGGCCUCUGCAGGCAGCUGGCCCUGGCAGGCCAGUCUGCAAACCUCUGGCUCCCACUUCUGUGCAGGAACCCUCAUUAACAAUGACUGGGUGCUGACUGCUGCUCAAUGCUGCUCAAGUUCAGGCGUAAGCACAAGCACUCUGACUGUGUCUCUGGGUCUCCAGAGUCUACAGGGAUCAAACCCCAAUCAAGUGUCUCGGACAGUAUCACAGAUCAUCGUUCAUCCCAACUUUAACUCUGGAACUUUUGAAAACGACAUCUGCCUCCUGAAGCUCUCCUCACCCGUGACUUUCACCACCUACAUUCAGCCCGUCUGUCUGGCAGCCACAGGCAGCACCUUCUACAAGGGGACUGUCUCCUGGGCCACCGGCUGGGGCAAUGUUGGAUCUGGAGUGUCCCUUCCUUUCCCACAAAACCUAAUGGAGGUGCAGCUGCCGGUUGUAGGAAACAGAGAGUGUACCUGUAACUACGGAGUGAGCUUGAUCACAAACAACAAGAUGUGCACUGGGUUCAGUGCUGGAGGAAAGGACGUCUGUCAGGGGGAUGGAGGAGGUCCGCUGGUGAGCAAGCAGGGCGGUCGCUGGAUCCAGGCGGGAAUCACUA